AUGCCUUAUAAAUGUUAUCCACGAGAUUUUUAUCCACCAUUUGCGCCUGGUAUGAUGUAUAUCAUACCCAUAGAAGCAUUCCGGAAAAUAUGGCAAACAUUACCGACGGUUAUUUGGCUAAAUUUGGAAGAUAUCUUUUAUACUGGAGUUGUUGCUGAGAUUGCGGGUGUCAAACGCAUCAAUAUCAAUUUCAUGUAUUCUGCAGAUAAUGUUCAGGUUAAAAGGAUGAUGAAGCAAUGUUUUUUUUUUUGA